GCAUCUUUCUUGGGCUCUUCACAGCCCUGGGCCCCCGUGGGGAAAUGAAACUUGCUGUAGUGUCAUUAAUUUGCUGCCAAGACAUUAGUGCUGCAAGGCAAGGUUAUUCCUAACUAAGCAGAGCCUGCCAGGAAGAAAGCGCUUGCACCCCACACCACUGUGCAGGUGUGACGGUGAGCUCACAGCUGCCCCCCAGGCGUGCCCAGCCCACUUAAUCAUUCACAGCUCGACAACUCUCCCGCCCAACCCCCGUUCUAGAAGAUAAAAGAGGGGAUUGUGGUUCCCGGGUAACAGAGCCACCUGCUUCUUCCUGCCGAGCUCUGUUCUCUCUAGCACCUCCCAACCCCUAGUGCCUAGUACUCUUGCUCCGCGAGGAUCAAGCCAUCAUGUCUCGCCAGUCGAGUGUGUCUUUCCGGAGUGGGGGCAGCCGGAGCUUCAGCGCCGCCUCUGCAAUUACUCCGUCUGUUUCCCGCACCAGUUUCACCUCCGUGUCCCGGUCCGGUGGUGGCGGUGGCGGUGGCGGCUUUGGCAGGAUCAGCCUUGGGGGUGCUGGUGGAGGAGGUGGCUAUGGCAGUCGGAGCCUCUACAACCUGGGGGGCUCCAAGAGGAUUUCCAUCAGUGCUGGUGGCGGUGGCUUUAGGAACCGAUUUGGUGCCGGUGCUGGAGGUGGCUAUGGAGCUGGAGGUGGCUAUGGCUUUGGAGGUGGAGCCGGGAGUGGAUUUGGUUUAGGCGGUGGAGCUGGUGGUGGCUUUGGGCUCGGUGGUGGUGCUGGCUUUGGUCUCGGUGGGGGUCCUGGCUUUGGAGGUGGCUUUGGUGGCCCCGGCUUCCCCGUCUGUCCCCCUGGAGGCAUCCAAGAGGUCACGGUCAACCAGAAUCUCCUGACUCCCCUCAACCUGCAAAUCGACCCCACUAUCCAGCGGGUGCGGACUGAGGAGCGAGAGCAGAUCAAGACCCUCAACAACAAGUUUGCCUCCUUCAUCGACAAGGUGCGGUUCCUGGAGCAGCAGAACAAGGUCCUGGACACCAAGUGGACCCUGCUGCAGGAGCAGGGCACCAAGACCGUGAGGCAGAACCUGGAGCCUUUGUUCGAGCAGUACAUCAACAACCUCAGGAGACAGCUGGACGGUGUCCUCGGGGAGAGAGGACGCCUGGACUCGGAGCUGAGAAACAUGCAGGACCUGGUGGAGGACUUCAAGAACAAGUAUGAAGAUGAAAUCAACAAGCGUACCACCGCUGAGAAUGAAUUUGUGAUGCUGAAGAAGGAUGUGGAUGCUGCCUACAUGAACAAGGUGGAGCUGGAGGCCAAGGUCGAUGCACUGAUGGAUGAGAUCAACUUCUUGAAGAUGUUCUUUGAGGCGGAGCUCUCCCAGAUGCAAACACACAUCUCAGACACGUCUGUGGUUCUCUCCAUGGACAACAACCGCUCCCUGGACCUGGACAGCAUCAUCGCUGAGGUCAAGGCCCAGUAUGAGGAUAUCGCCAACCGCAGCCGGACGGAAGCCGAGUCCUGGUACCAGACCAAGUAUGAGGAGCUGCAGCAGACAGCUGGCAGACAUGGCGACGAUCUCCGCAGCACCAAGCAUGAGAUCUCUGAGAUGAACCGGAUGAUCCAGAGGCUGAGAGCUGAGAUCGACAAUGUCAAGAAGCAGUGUGCCAACCUGCAGAACGCCAUCGCUGAUGCCGAGCAGCGUGGGGAGAUGGCCCUCAAGGACGCCAGGAACAAGCUGGCUGAGCUAGAGGAUGCUCUGCAGAAGGCCAAGCAAGACAUGGCCCGGCUGCUGCGUGAGUACCAGGAGCUCAUGAACACCAAGCUGGCCCUGGACGUGGAGAUCGCCACCUACAGGAAGCUGCUGGAGGGCGAGGAGUGCAGAUUGAGUGGAGAAGGAGUUGGACCAGUCAACAUCUCAGUCGUCACAAGCAACGUCUCCUCUGCCUACGGCGGUGGUGGUGGCUUUGGCGGAGGCCUCGGCGGAGGUCUUGGCGGAGGUCUUGGCGGAGGCCUCGGCGGAGGUCUUGGCGGCGGCCUCGGUGGAGGUCUUGGCAGUGGUCUUGGUGGAGGUGGCAGCAGCAGCAGCUACUACUCCAGCAGCAGUGGGGGUGUCGGCCUAGGCAGUGGGCUCGGUGUGGGGAGCUCUGGCUUCAGUUCAAGCAGUGGCCGAGGCCUGGGAGGGGGUUUUGGCAGUGGCGGCGGGGGCAGCGGCUCCAGCGUCAAAUUUGUCUCCACCACCUCCUCUUCCCGGAAGAGCUUCAAGAGCUAAGAGCUUGCUGCAAGUCACUGCCUCCCAAGAGCAGCAACCCAGCCCCUGGUGACUGCCUUUCUAGAUGGGUGCCAAGCCAAGUUUUCCUUUUUACUGGAGUGUAGUCUAGACCAAGCUUAUUGCAGAACUACAGUCUUUGGUUUCCAGAAAGGCCCAAUCCCCAGUCUCUAGUCUCCUAAGCCGCGAUUCUAUGUUCUGCUUCAAAUCAGCCUUUAAGUCUCUACGGCAUGGUCCUUGAUGAGAGAAAAAUCCAAAGUAUUUCAGUAUCUAAACCAUCAAACAGAGUCCCUACCCCAAUCCCAAAUUUUGUUCUGGUUCUGACUACCU